AUUCUUUUUUUCUGUCUUCUUUUUCCUAACAGGUUCAUGCCAGAACACAAGCUUGCCCGUUUGGAAAAGGUAAUUGGUGUUAAAAGAAAUGGAGAUGCUUAUCAAGUGGAGGGUCUGCCCGGCCAGGAGAAGAGCAGAGCUUUAAUGAAAAACAGCAAUGCACAUUGUGAGUCUGGACUUUGUGAAGCCCAGCCUGGACUUCAUACCACACAGCACGAGGGGCAGCCUGCCCCAUUAACAGCCCCGGCGAGAUGGGGCGAGUCGGAAGCAUCAGAAAGUACAAAUCCUUGUCAAGAAGAAGAAGAUAAGCAACAUCUGACUUUUAACCUCUCUCAUAUCUCGAGCGGAGGGGACUAUCAGCAAAGGCCUUUGCACAUCGCCUGGCCUCACAGGUGGGAACAUGACAAAGACCCUGAAACUUUCUUUCAUGUGUCCGUCCUUGGAGAGGCUUUCACUGAAAUUCCAGAUAUCUUUCCAGAGGCCAAAAAAGCUUUGGGAUCUUCUGUCUUGCACUGGGGCUACUUACCCAACAAAGAUGACUAUUUCCAGGCUCUGUGCAUGGCCGACGUUGUCAUCUCAACAGCUAAACAUGAAUUCUUUGGCGUGGCAAUGGUGGAAGCUGUAUAUUGUGGCUGCUAUCCUCUGUGUCCCAAAGCCUUGGUGUACCCAGAAAUAUUUCCAGCUGAGUAUCUGUAUUCUACACCUGAACAGCUUUUUAAAAGGCUUCAGAAUUUCUGCAAGAGACCAGAUAUUGUAAGGAAACAUCUCUAUAAG